AGGGGGCUUCAAAGUCUGGAAUAUUAUGGUCAUUUCACAUAUACCAAAAUGAAAUGUGCUGGCGUGCCAAGCUUUAAUUUGGGCCAGUUUCCUUCUGUCCCAGGCUCUAUCAAACCGAUGCCUUGCCAGCAGUGGUAUGUUAAUCACGCCCUGCAGCAAAUGUGUUCUGUUCAGCAUGACCUUUCAUGAGUGCAUGUUUUCUAAGGAAUUAAUCAUACAACACUGACUAUGUGCACACAAACUAGAGAGACAUUUUACAAAGACCUCAUUAAAAUGAUUCACUAUCUUGUCUGAAUACAAACAGUUAAAGAAGAUAGUGUGCAAUUCUUAAGCCACAUUGAUUAUUCCACAUUUUAUCCUAAAAGAAACUGGGCAUGUUUUAUAUUCUUUAGCUUAGUGUCGCUUACGCUUCCCCAAAGAAUUCAGUUCCCUUAUCUGUCAAAUAAUGGUCUAGAAAGCUAAGUAGUUAACCACUUGAGAAAUCACAGUAUGUGUACAUGAAUUAGAAAUCAGAAUAAUUUUUGUUUGGUUUGUCCCUAUGCUGAAUGCAGAAUAAUGAAGAUCUGGCUCUGAAAAAAGCAACAUAAUGUUUGUAGAGGAAAUGUAGACAAGUAACUGGAAAUUCUUUUAUGCUCUUUCAGUUGUAAGAAAGCAGGAUGAGAAGCCCACUUGGCUAACAUCUUUAACUGAGGGGCCCUACCUGCUGUAAUUCAAACUGUGGGGAUGAUGAUUCAGCCUAAUUACUGACCGUGGGUUUUGUGGGAAUGUGUAUAAGCUUUUUUCCUUUUUCUGUGAAAGAUAUCGGAUAUUUACAGGAUUUAAUGUGAUUUUAAGGAAACAGAGUGAAUCCAUACUGUGUAUCCUAUUUUUAACCAACCCCAGACAUUUUUGGCUGGUGAAACGUACAUCAUCAUCAUUGGGGCCAAAAAUUACCCUUAGUCUCAACAAAACCCCUUUUUUUUUCUCAUUGCUCUAAGAUUUGGUGUUGAGAACAGAGGAAGGAAUCUGGAUUCAGGUGUCUGUGCUACAGCUUGUGUGGAUGUACUGCAUUCAUGUUGGCAACCCCUGUAUGUGUAGCGAGGUAUAUCUGAACCUUCUUUUAUUGCUAAGAGUGAAGAUCGUCUGUUUAAACAUUUAUUUGAAGACUAUCAAAGAUGGGUUCGUCCAGUGGAACACUUGAAUGAUACGAUAAAAAUCAAGUUUGGUCUUGCAAUCUCUCAGCUAGUAGAUGUGGAUGAGAAGAAUCAACUGAUGACAACAAAUGUCUGGUUGAAACAGGAAUGGAUAGAUGUAAAAUUAAGAUGGAACCCUGAGGAGUAUGCUGGAAUAACAUCUAUUCGUGUCCCAUCCGAUUCUAUUUGGAUUCCAGACAUUGUGUUAUAUGACAAUGCAGAUGGGCGUUUUGAGGGGACGUCUACUAAAACCGUCGUAAAAUAUGAUGGCACCAUUGCUUGGACUCCACCAGCAAAUUACAAAAGUUCUUGUACUAUUGAUGUAACCUUCUUUCCCUUUGACCUCCAAAACUGUUCUAUGAAAUUUGGUUCCUGGACUUACGAUGGCUCCCAGGUUGACAUAAUUUUAGAAGAUUAUGAUGUUGACAAGAGAGACUUUUUUGAUAAUGGAGAAUGGGAAAUAGUGACUGCAACAGGGAGCAAAGGAAAUAGAACUGAUGGAUGUUGCUGGUAUCCCUUUGUUACAUAUUCCUUUAUAAUUAGACGUUUACCUCUUUUUUACACGUUAUUUCUCAUUAUUCCUUGCAUUGGACUUUCUUUUCUAACUGUCCUCGUCUUCUAUCUUCCUUCAAAUGAAGGUGAAAAAAUUUCCCUUUGCACUUCAGUCCUGGUAUCUUUGACUGUUUUUCUCCUGGUCAUUGAAGAGAUUAUUCCAUCAUCUUCUAAAGUUAUCCCUCUUAUAGGAGAGUACUUGGUGUUUACUAUGAUAUUUGUGACAUUGUCCAUUGUGAUAACUGUCUUUGCUAUCAAUAUUCAUCACCGUUCUUCAUCUACGCACAACGCUAUGGCACCUUGGGUUCGCAAGAUAUUUCUUCACAAGCUUCCCAAGCUGCUUUGCAUGAGAAGUCAUGUAGAUAGAUACUUUGCUCAGAAGGAGGAAACAGGAAAUGUGAAUGGAUCAGAAUCGUCUAGGAACACCUUGGAAGCAGCUCUAGAUUCUAUCCGAUAUAUUACAAGGCAUGUUAUGAAGGAGAAUGAAGUUCGUGAGGUUGUUGAAGACUGGAAAUUUAUUGCUCAGGUGCUUGAUCGAAUGUUCUUAUGGGCCUUUCUUCUGGUUUCAAUAAUUGGAUCACUUGUGUUAUUUAUUCCUGUUAUUCAUAAAUGGGCAAGUAUAAUAGUGCCUGUGCAUAUAGGCAGUACAAAUACAUAAGAUAUUUUUGGAUCUGUCUCCUGCUAACAUCAUUCUAAAAAAGUUUUGUAGCGGUAAGUUUCCAUGCACGUUCUUUGUAGGCAUGUUUCUGAUAGGAAAAAAUAAAAUAAAAUCCCAAACCUAAAAAUUAUGUUGAUGUUAAAGCAUGACAUGUAGGACUCACAGAAGUCAAUUCGCUUAGUGCCAGUCUACUAAGAUACUUCCAAAUCAGGUCCAAAUCAAAAAGACCCUUUCAAAUACUUGCAUGUGUAUGUUAGAAAUGGUAUAUACUGACACCUACUGAGAAGUAGAAGGAUUGAGAUUUUUUAAUGAAGAUCACUGUAGUCCCGUUAUUAAGUUACUAUGGAAAUUAUUAUAUCUAUUAUUAAUUUUUUGCAGAUACUUGCACGAUAGGGUUGCUUAUUUCAGUGUAUUAUAUUAUGCAAAUUAGAACUUGUAUCUACACAGUAAACAAAAAAUUAUAAUAAAAACAUCAGUUGAACUUCCUGCCUGUUCAGCGUACAAAUAAACAGAGAUUUGACUGUGUGAUGCCUGCAUAAACUUCCAGUGGAAUUUGCUGCUAAGCUUGAAAUCUCGUUAAUUCUACCACAUUACUGUGAACAUGUGAUAUGUUAAGCCUUAAAAUGCUUACAGGAUACGUGAGUAUUGAUAUCUCUGUGUCAGCUAUGUCUCAUAUAUGUAUGUUUAUAUAGCAAAUUAUUUAUUAUAUCGUUAAACUAUAUUAAUUAAAUAAUGUAUGUUAAUUCUUCAAAUUCCUUCCAGUGCUGCUAUUCUUAAAAGUUCUGUAUUCCCAUCAUAAUUUAUUUUCAAAGUGAAUUUGCAAUCAUUAUCUGAUUUAAUGCUUUAGUAUAAUAACUUUCUCAGUAUUACUAAUAGUAAUGCAUCAGAAACUCUGCGUGAAAACUGCAGAAGUGCUUUGGACAUCUUAUUUCCUUUCCAAAUGCCAAGUUUCUUUUUAUAGUCCUCUUUGGUUUUGAAUUAUUUACUGCAGUUUACUCUUACCUGGAAAGAAAACAAAGCAAGGAUAUUAACCAUGUCUCUUUUUAGCUCCCUUCCUGUACCUUGUUCAGUGAUGUCUGCAGACUGCCUUGUUAUAUUAUGAGGUAAUUGGCAGCGUGGCCGAUGGAGUUCCAGCCUUUAGACUAGUAACUAACAAUUCUUGCAAAUGCAUGAAGUUCUUUCAGUCAUUUCUAUAAUCAGAUCACGAUAUCUGAGGAUGAAAAAGAUAGGCUUGAAUCCUUGGGGUUUUCAGCUCAUCCCCAGGUGUGUCUGAAAUGAAAUAAUUUUUAAUAGAAGCAUGGGCCUUUACUUUUGUAACCCCUUUCUGAAUGCGUUGAGAUGUAACUAAUGCUGCUUCAUGAAGCUUUUGUCUCUUGGUCAAAAUAAAUGAAAGAAAACCACAA